GGGGGCUCAGGGUGUUGCUCAGUGGUAGAUUUGUUCACACUGAGUUCUAACAGGAAACUUGCUCAACAUCGAAGGCCUUGCAAAAGUCUGGCUGAGUGAUGUCAGUUGCUUUUCCUUUCCCUACUGAUGCUGUCACUCCACUGUAGAAGGCCACCAAAGCGACCAGGCUGCAUGUCUCCGUUUCCGCUGUUUCUCCAUUUCCUUCUUGUUGCUCCCUGUAACCAGCAGGUUCAGCCAUGCUGCUUUCCUGCCUCCUCUGCUGUGUUUCGUGUGGUCGGGAUGGAGCUCAGAGCUCCAGCUCUGAGAAAGGUUUUCUGAGAAAGUUACCAUCUCUUUUCCAUUCCUUUGCCCCUAAGAACAGUUUUCCAGUGUCUCUCGUCCAAGAAUUCUUUGAACAGCCUGCAGCUGACUCUCCUGAAGCUCAGGGUCCUGACUUUGCUUUUUGCCAGGCCCGCAUUCCUUGAGAUGAGGAACUCUAGGAGGGCAUGGUCACUACAGCCCUGACCACCUCCAGUCUUAACCCCUGCUGUGCAGCAUGUCCAGUAAUGCUUCCCUUCUGCUUGGUGUGCUUAAUGCUUGGCCCACAAAGUUAUUCCCAGUGCAGUCCAGCAGUCUCUCAGACAGCUUGCAGCCAGCCAUGCUGAUUUCCCAGCCUGACUGGAAUCCCCCAUCAAGUUGAGAGUCAGUGAGCGCGGUGCUUCUGGUAGCUGCAGUAAGCAGGGCCCAUCAACAGGCUCCCUUGACCAGGCGGCCUGGAGCAGACCCUCACCUCCAGAAGCCCAUUAUUGGUUCAGUCCCGAAUUUUACCCGCAAGUUCUCAACGUGAUCGUGGCUGUUCUUAGUCCUUUGCAGUCAGCUUCUUCAUAGAGAGGGCAAAUACCUUGCCCUCCGGAAUUCCAUAGUAACAAUCAUGUCUCCUUUAUGUCAGGUGAGGUGUUUUUUGUUGUUGUUGUUUUUUGUUUGCUUGUUUGUUUGUUUUCCAUUUUCUAGGUAGAAAAUUUAAUUUCUGAGCCAGGAGAAGAAGAAGUGCAACAUGUAACAAUCUUCCUGGCACUGUGCAGUUUGCAUGAGUAGCCAAGUGCUCCUCAGGUAACGUGUGCUGCAGAGCUGACCUUGGUGGCAGGGGUUGUGUCUUCAUUUUCUUCCUGUCAUGUGGGAAUAUAAGAAGACUAUUCAGAGCAGGAGCUGCAGAGCAAGAUGAACGGCAUGAGAAGGUCAGCUGGUGCUGGAAGCGGCCGGUAUCUGAGUAGGAAUGAAGGUGAGUGCAGGAGCAGCUGCUGAGGGGAGGAAGGAAGUCCAUGCUAAUGAGCUCUGAAGCAUCUGCGGGUACAGUACCAGAGGAGGCAGCAGUGAUGCUGGAGGGCACGUGACCCAGAGAUGGAGCAGAGAGGAACACAGACUUGGGUGGAUCUUCAUUCAGGAGCAGGGACACGUCAUGCUCAUCUGAGGUGUCUGGCUGACAGCAAGAGCAGAGAGCUCUUCACACUUGCUGUGAUGGGUGCUGCGUGCAGUGGGAUCAGCCGUGAGCCUGAGGUGGCGGCGACGGAGGCUGAUAACAUGCGGAAGCCGCAGCUGGUGCGUGCUAUGUCAUCUUUAAACGUACCAGCGAUUGCGGCAGCCCAUGUUAUUAAGAGCCACGUCGCCCAGGGGCCGGGUGAGCUCUCCCUUGAGGUUGGAGAUCUGGUGAGCAUUGUUGAUAUGCCACCAAAGGAGCUGAGCCCCUUUUGGAGAGGCAAGCGUGGCUUUGAGGUUGGUUUUUUCCCUGGUGAGUGCGUGGAACUCAUCAGGGGAAAACUUCCCGAGUCCCUGGUCAAUUCCUUGCCAAAGCCAGAGCCAAAGAAACGGGGCAAGUUCAUCUCCUGCCUUCGUUCCCUGUUGAAGGCCUGCCCCAGGAGAGCGAAGCAGCCUGAGCCAGAGAAGGAAGGGGUAUUUGGGUGUGACCUGGGGGAGCACCUUCUCCGCUCUGGCCGUGAUGUCCCCCAGGUCCUCCAGAGCUGCUCUGAAUUCAUUGAGCAGCAUGGCGUAGUGCAGGGGAUAUACCGCCUGUCCGGCGUCACGUCCAAGAUCCAGCGACUACGCCAUGAAUUCGAUACGGAGCAGGUUCCCGAGCUCAGCGUCCGAGACAUUCACAGCGUGAGCUCCCUGUGCAAGAUGUAUUUCAGGGAGCUCCCAAACCCUCUGCUGACCGACCAGCUGUAUGACAAGUUCUCGGACGCUGCCGGUGCUGCCACAGAGGAGGAGCGGGUGCACAGAAUGAAGGACGCCAUCCAGCAGCUGCCCGCUCCUCACUACAGGUCAGUGCUGCACUCGGUUUGCGGAGCUCAGCCCUGCGGCCUUUCAGAGGGCGAUGAUGCGAUUCCAGGUGUUGUCUCACACUGGCAACAUCAUGCCUGUGCACGCUGAAGCGGCUGAAGGCUGCAUCGGGUCAAUUGAUUGGGUCAGUUCCUUGGCACGGGGGCACGGUUGGUGCAGCCGAUGGCUGCGGCUGUGCUUUGCAGGGCUUGGUGCUGCAGCGUGGUGGCACUGGGAACGUUUUAUCUACUUCAUAUUCAGGGACGGUAGCAAUGACAACAACCAGCAUGAAGUGAGGUUUGUUUUGUGCACUGCAGCACGGCUUGCUUUUUGGUGCUGAACAUCUGCCUCUCUUGUUUUCCAGGACUCUGGAGUACCUAAUGAGACACCUGGCAUCUCUGGCAGGGAACUGCUCCGUCACCAACAUGGACGCUAAGAACUUAGCGAUUGUGUGGGCUCCAAACCUCUUAAGAUCCCAGCAGAGCCCAUCUGCCUGCACAAGUGGAGAAGCUGCCUGCAUGGAGCUGCAGACCCAGUCAGCUGUGGUGGAAUUCCUCAUCAGCCACGCAGAUGUCAUCUUCUGCUCCAAAUCCACACCAGCCGUGGGAGAGGGUGAGCAUCUUCCUCCAUUAGCUUGAUCUUGAUCUAAUUGAGGCCACGAUCUUUCAAAUACACUUUGACUCUCAACGGGACAGGAGGCUUCUGGGCUUAGAUGAGAACAUGGCACCCUGUUGCUGGAUCCUGAGAAUGUGCGAGGCCAGACUUUACAUGGAGAAAACCAUCCCUGCCUUUAUGAUGUUUUGAAUGGGGGUGAAGCAUGAUUGAAGUGUGGCAGCAAAGCUUUCUGAGUUCCCAGACCCAUUUUCUAGGGUUUUU